UUCCCUGUCACCGCACGGCAGGAGACAUACAUACAGAGGCGGGCGGGGGGAGGAGGGAGGAAAGGGGAGGGAACCACCCCGUCCGAGCCGACUUUGGAUCCACCCACCUCCCGACGACGAUCCGGUCGCGAAUCGGAGCUGCCGCCAGCUCCCCUCCCCCCCCUGCUCCGCUCGCCGAACGGACCUGUUACUUCUACUCGGAUCCCUGAGCUGGUCCGGUUGGCCUGAUACGCGCGCCGAAGCUCGAUCUCGCGCCGGGAGGCCUGCCGAUUGCUGAUUCGGGGCCGGAUUUGGGUGCCGGGCGUGUCGUGGCGUGCGGGUGAGGCGGGCGGAAGCUAGGGUUCCGGCGGGUGCGCGCGCGCCGGCGAGAUGACGACCCGGCGGGUGAGGCGGCGCACGUGCAGGGACAAGGGGAAGGGGAAGGAGGUUGUGGAGGAGGGGCGGGCGGUGGAGGCCGGCUCAUCGCCGCCGCGGGACUGGGUGCCGGCGGGGGAUGGGGAUGGGGGCGGCGAGGCGGUGGCCGGCGAGGCCGUGGACUGGACGCUGCUUCCGGAUGACACCGUGCUGCAGCUGUUUGGCCGGCUGAGCUACCGCGACCGCGCCAGCUUGGGGGCGACCUGCCAGACCUGGAGGGGGCUCGGGUCGUCGCCGUGCCUGUGGAGCACGCUCGACCUCCGCGCGCACCGUUGCGACGCUGAGGUCGCCUCGUCGCUGGCCUCGCGGUGCGGGGGCCUGCAGCGGCUGCGGCUGCGGGGUCAUGAGGCGGCUGUGGCGGUGGCCUCCGCCCUCGGCGCCCGCGACCUCCGAGAGGUGGUGGCCGAAGGCUGCAGGGGACUCACUGACGCCACUCUUGCAGUCCUGGCCGCUCGACACGAGGCGCUGGAGAGCCUCCAGAUCGGUCCAGACCCCCUUGAGCGCAUCUCCAGCGACGCCCUCCGCCAUGUCGCUCUUUGCUGCUCCCGCCUCCGUCGCCUCCACCUCUCGGGUCUCCGUGAAGCUGACUCUGAUGCCAUAGGAGCGCUGGCGCGCUACUGCCCCCUCCUUGAGGACGUUGCCUUGCUCGACUGCGGCACUGUAGAUGAGGCUGCCCUUGGUGACAUCCACUCCCUCCGAUUCCUCUCCAUAGCAGGAUGCUACAACGUGAAAUGGGCUACAGCAUCCGCCUCAUGGGCCCAGCUUCCCUUGCUAGUCGCCGUCGACGUCUCCCGCACUGAUGUCUCUCCAAAUGCUGUCGCUCGUCUAAUCUCCCACUCCAAAACCCUCGAGCUUAUAUGUGCUCUUAACUGCAAAUUUGUCGAAGAGGAACAAGCACACAGUCCCACUGCAUUUAGCAACUCCAAGGGCAAGCUUGUGCUUACCAUUACAUGCCCCAUUUUUAAAUCACUCGCUUCACUGUUUCCUGCCGAGGCUGUGGAGGAGCACGGCGUGUUCAAUGAGUGUAAUUGGAGGAACAAAAGGAAAAUACUUGGUGUCAUGAUGAACUGGCUCGAGUGGAUCCUAUCACAGUCGCUUCUUCGGAUUGCGGAGUGCAAUCCAUAUGGCAUGGAUGACUUCUGGUUGCAGCAGGGCACAUCAAUGCUGCUGAGCCUGGUGAAGAGCUCACAGGAGGAUGUGCAGGAGCGUGCAGCUACAACAAUUGCUACAUUUGUGGUUAUUGACGAUGAAACUGCGAAUGUGGAUGCUGCAAGGUCGGAGGCGGUAAUGCGGGAUGGAGGCAUUCCACUUCUGCUGGACCUUGCAAGGUGCUCAAGGGUGAGUGCUCAGUCUGAAGCAGCAAAGGCUAUUGCCAACCUAUCGGUGAAUGCGAAGGUUGCAAAGGUGGUUGCAGAUGAAGGAGGUAUCGCCAUUUUCACUAAUUUGGCUAAGUCGACGAAUCGACUUGUUGCUGAAGAAGCUGCUGGUGGCCUUUGGAACCUCUCCGUGGGUGAGGAGCACAAGGCGGCUAUUGCGGCAGCUGGUGGUAUAAAGGCUUUGGUUGAUCUUAUAUUUCGUUGGCCUGCUGGGACUGAUGGAGUUCUUGAACGUGCUGCUGGUGCACUUGCAAACCUAGCUGCUGAUGACAAGUGCAGCUUGGAAGUUGCAAACGCUGGUGGUGUCCAUGCUUUGGUUACACUUGCUCGAUCAUGUAAACUUGAGGGCGUCCUAGAACAGGCGGCAAGGGCUCUAGCCAACUUAGCUGCACAUGGAGAUAACAACAACAAUAAUGCAGCUGUAGGUCAGGAAGCAGGGGCUCUUGAGGCAUUAGUGCAACUAACAUGUUCUCAAAACGAGGGUGUAAGGCAAGAGGCUGCUGGUGCUUUGUGGAACCUAUCAUUUGAUGACAGGAAUCGUGAAGCUAUUGCUGCUGCGGGGGGUGUUGAAGCAUUGGUUUCACUUGCACAACAAUGUCUGAAUGCUUCGGAAGGCCUUCAGGAGAGAGCUGCUGGCGCAUUAUGGGGACUAUCUGUCUCAGAAUCGAACAGCAUCGCAAUUGGACAGGAGGGUGGCGUUGCACCAUUGCUCACAAUGGCACAGUCAGAGGUUGAAGAUGUUCAUGAGACAGCUGCAGGGGCAUUGUGGAAUCUUGCUUUCUAUUCCAGCAAUGCUCACCGUAUAGUUGAAGAAGGUGGGGUGCCUAUACUUGUGCACCUUUGCUCAUCAUCAGGGUCAAAGAUGGCUCGGUUCAUGUCUGCGCUAGCCCUUGCCUAUAUGUUUGAUGGAAGAAUGGAUGAGGCCGCCAUUGUUGGGACAUCAUCUGAGGGCAGUUCCAAAGGUGUUAACGUCGAGGGAGCUAGAAGAAUGGCUUUGAAGCAUAUAGAGAUCUUUGUGUUGACGUUUUCAGAUCCACAGGUGUUCUCUAUGGCUGCAGCUUCCUCAGCACCAGCAGCGCUAUCUCAGGUUGCCGAAGCAGUGUUCAUACAAGAAGCUGGACACCUGAGAUGCAGUGGUGCUGAGAUAGGUAGAUUUAUUGCCAUGCUUCGGAAUCCUACGCCAGUUCUUCGUGCGUGUGCUGCAUUUGCCCUUCUUCAGUUCUCAAUCCCGGGAGGUCGACAUGCAACACACCAUGCGGACCUUCUGCAAAAUGUUGGAGCGGCUCGGGUCUUGCGUGCAGCGGCGGCAGCAACAUCAGCUUCCAUUGAGGCCAAAGUGUUCGCCAGAAUUGUCCUUAGGAAUCUGGAACACCAUCAGGCAGGGACUUCAACCUGAAAACGCAAUGGCGAGCACAAGCGCGACUAAUUCUCCAACAGGGCAUAACUUCUAACCUUUGGCCCCAGAAUGGAUGCAAACUCGCGGUUAAGUUGUCGCUGGCAUUUGAAGCUGCCACGCAAGCUGUGACCUUGGAACUUCCACCUUGAGGAGAACUGUCAGAAGAGAUGUACUCCGUAUGAACGUUCAACCGAUGGUCAGCAGCUGUUGAGUGUGCAAUUUUCCUGUUGUUUUUCUGAUGUGUAAAAGUAACUUAAAAGUGUUAGAGUUAGCAUUGGCAGGACGUAGAGAACUUUUAUGGUAUAUAGAAAGUUAAGAGUGUUUGUUAUCUGUUGAUUUAAUUUAACAAGGUGAGUGGCAGCGGGUGACAUUGUUAGGCUGUUCCACCUGUCGCAUACAUGUAAAACUUUGUAGAUGCAUACUGCUUUGUUAUAUGAACGUCCCGUGGAUGUGUUUCUGUGCU